AUGCUUAAAAUAAUCUUCAACUCGCAUUAAGUCCAUUUUAAAAUUAGUAGUUUCCUGUUUUUACAUAGACUAUAGCAUGUUGUUAGAUGUGGAAUAUCUAUAAAUAAAGGCAAAUUCUUGCUGUACAAUUCUACGAUUUUAGAGCAAUAGAAGAGGAAUUUUAAGAGUUAAAAUUUAAAUAUAACUAAACACUUUUUAAAGUUGGAAACUUUAUAUCUCGUUUUUAAAAUAAAGUUUAUAGAAAAAAGGCUAUCGCUAGCCUUUCGGAAAGAUUUUUUUAAGUGAUAUAAGGACGAACAGUUCUUAAAUUUGGUUACUUUAACUUUUCUUCUUUAAUAAAAUUUGAAUUCGAUAUACUUUUUCAUAACAAAAUAUCAAAUUACAUUGCUAAUAGAUGCUUGAAAUCCUACCUAGUUAAUAAGACAGUAAAAUAUUAUUAAAAAGUAUUCCUCGGUGGGAUAAUACAAAAUUUUUAUACUCUUCUCUGCAAUAAAAUUGGUAACGUAAUUUUAAUUCAGUAAUUGAUUUUAAUACAAAUAAAACGCCAAUUUCUCGUUUUGAUUACAAUCAAAGUGCGAAUUUCAUAAUGUUUAUAAAUAACAAGAUCUUUGAAAAAGCAAGAGAAAAUCAUUAUUGAUAUUGCUUAUUAAAUAGUUUAAAUUUCAUUUAAUGCAUUAAUUUAUAUAUAUAUUUUGAGGUAUUUAAAUAACUCUUAACUAAUGAAAGUUAAACUUUUAUUUUUUCUAUUUUGCUUUCUAUAACCUGCAGCUUUAAAGUAAAAAAAUCAUAUUUUAACUUUUCUUCGUUCAAUUUUGUUUUCGAAAUCACUUAUUUUCUAAGAUAUAUCCGAAUCAAAUAAGAUAUAAUUAUCGCUUUCGAAUUUUUAUAUAUGUAUAUAUUUAAUUAUUCCUUGUCACCGUUUGAUCUAGUUUGAAGGUUUAAACUCGACGAGGUUCACGCGUCGAGUGUUGUACAGAAAAGCUUUAACUCAAGGACGUGAUGUAAUCAAUGUGAUUACUGGAACUUGGCUUAGUUUCAAGUCAGUAGGACGUUUCGACUGGCAAGGUUAGCCGUUGGGGUGCCAAAUGAUACGGAAAUAGCCCCUUUCUUAUAUAGUCUACAGAUUAUAGACGCGUACUCUGCAGGUGUUUUUAUGAUGCGAGCAAGUCGUACGAAAUUUUAGUGACCUUGAACGUUAUCGUUGGCGCCAUCCGAGACGAGAGAAAAACACUGAUUUAUUUCUCACAUCAUUCGCUAAACGAGAUUACGAAUCGUUUUAUUUUAUUGCGAGAUUAAAAGAAAAAAAAAAGAAAAUGCAUAAAUCAAAUGUGGCAAAUAUAUUAUGCCAUUUCUAGAUAGUAUACCCUAUAUUUCUUUUUAAUAAUUCAUAAAUUUUAAACCGCGAUAUGCAAUAAACACCGAAUAGGCGAAUUUGAUAUAUUGUUUGAUUUCUUUUUGAUUUCUUGUUACUUCAAUCAGUCAAUGAACUUGCUUAACUGUCAUUCUUGAGGAAUUUGCAAAAUAAUCAAAAUUUCUACGUAGGCUAACACUGUGUUUAAAAAUUCAGAUCAGCAAACCAGAUAAAAGAAUUCCAAUAAUAUGGAAAAUAGUUCUACAGCUGCUAAUUCCAAAGUGCAUUUCUUGAGAAAUGGCUUAAAGUACUUUGGUUUCAAAUCACCACAAAAAGACAAAGUAGGGUAUUCAGAUGAAUGCAUCAAAACUAUAUAUAUAGGAAAAACUACUUUUCCUAUUCCAAAUAAAUAUGAUGAAGCAGGCAGCAGUAGCAGCACUAGCGAAAUUGGUGGCAAUAUUCCCGAUGCUAUACCAGAACGAGGCCAAUGGAGUGGAAAAUUGGAUUUUCUCUUUAGUUGCAUCAGUUAUGCAGUUGGAUUAGGAAAUGUUUGGAGAUUUCCUUAUCUAUGCUACGAAAAUGGCGGAGGUGCUUUUUUAUUUCCAUAUUUAGUAUGCUUGGUGUUAUGUGCAAUUCCUGCUUUUUUUAUGGAGGUUGCAAUUGGCCAAUAUCUCAGUAUGGGAGGUAUUGGCAUAUGGAAUAUGGUUCCAAUUUUCAAAGGGGUCGGACUUGCUUCUAUGACAAUUGUGGGAUUAUAUAAUAUAUAUUAUAUUAUAAUAGUGGCAUGGAUUCUUUUUUACUUGGUUGCAUCUUUUGCUGCUAUUUUACCUUGGCAACAAUGUAAUCAGUAUUGGAAUACAGAAAAUUGUGUAGAUUUAAAUUACAACAAUGGAUCUUCUAAUUCAAGUAUUAACAUUUCUGUUUCACCUGUUGUUGAAUUUUGGGAGAGACGUGUUCUUGGAAUCACAGAUGGAAUUCAUGAUAUAGGAACCCUCCGGUGGGAAUUAGUUCUUGGACUUUUUGUUGCUUCUACAUUUGUAUAUAUUGUUAUUUAUCGUGGUCUUCAUCAAAGUGGAAAGAUUAUCUGGGUUACUGCACUAUUUCCAUAUGUUAUACUGUCAGUAUUAUUUUUUCGUGGAAUCACAUUAGAAGGUGCAUUUAGCGGUUUAUUAUUUUAUAUUACUCCAGUUUGGUCAAAACUAUUGGAUCCAAAGGUUUGGGUCACUGCAGGCACCCAAGUAUUCUUUACAUUUGGUAUUGGAUUUGGAUCUGUUAUAACUUUAGGCAGUUAUAAUAAAUUUCAUCAUAACUUUUUCAAAGAUGCUUUUAUACUGUGUUUUGUAAAUCCAGCAACAAGCAUUUUUGCAGGAAGUGUAAUUUUUUCUGUUUUGGGUCAUAUGUCAUAUGUUCAAAACAUACCAGUUUCAGAAGUUGUGAAAUCAGGUCCAGGCUUGGCAUUUUUAACAUAUCCUGAAGUAGUACUACAGUUACCACUUUCACCAUUAUGGUCUGUUCUGUUCUUCUUGAUGUUACUCAUUCUUGGUGUUGACAGUCAGUUUUGUACAGUCGAAGCUUUAAUAGCAGGCAUUACAGAUGAAUGGGCUGAUGUUAUUCGUCCAGUUAGAAAACUCUUUACUUUAUCAGUUUGUUUUCUUCUCUUUCUUCUUGGCUUGCCAAUGGUGACAGAAGGAGGCAUGUACAUUUUCCAAUUGAUGGAUUAUUAUUCUGCAAGUGGAAUAACUCUAUUAUUUACAGUGUUCUUUCAAACUAUAGCUAUCUCAUGGAUUUAUGGUACCCAAAGGCUGUCCAAUAACAUAAAAGAAAUGACUGGACGUUACCCUAAUAUGUAUUUUAAAAUUGGAUGGACAAUAUUUGUACCACUCAUUACUUUUGGCAUAUUUUUAUUCUCUGUAUUUCGCUAUAAACCCCUUAUAUAUGCAAAUGUUUAUUCAUAUCCUUGGUGGGGAAGCAUGAUGGGUUGGUUGAUGGCUUUAGCUUCAAUGAUUUGGAUUCCUGCUUAUGCCAUUUAUUUCUUAUUAACACAAACUGGAACAUUAAAAGAGCGUCUCAUCAGUGGAAUUACUCCCCGCAUCAAACCAGAACAAACUCUGGAAGAAAAAUCAUUGGAAAAGACGCCAUUAGCAGAAAUACCAGUAACCAUUACACCCUCUCUGCAUACAAUCUAAGAUAUUUAGCAAU